AUGGAAAAGUCGAGCUUACAACCUAGCUCCGAACGGCCGGUCGGAGGUGCGCAUUGUGACGCGAAGAGACAGGUGGCAGGCAGCGCGGCGACGGGCACUGGCGCCGCUGGCGUUGGAGGCAGUGCGGCACUGGGUACUCCCUCGUCCCAGAGCGGUGUGGGCGCGCGAACCUCGGGGUACGCAGCUAUCGUUAGCAGAGGAUCAGCUACUGGGGGUGGCGGGGCGGUUGCUUCGCAUCCAAGUGGUACGACGCCAGUAGACUCGGGAGCGCCUGGCGGAAACGGGGCCGCCGUUCAGCACAAAAUUUCCAUAGAACCUGAAGGACCUACGGCAGCGACAGCCGUGGGGCGCUCCACCGCUGGCGUUCCUGCUGGAGGUGGAGGUGCGGCGCAAACCUUUGCCCCUGUGGACGGACGAAUGCCAGUCAACCCCGGUACGAUGUCGCCGUGGAGCAGCAACAUAGCGCUGGCCACGAAUUCUACGAAUUGGGGUGGAGCAAUCCCAGCUGCUGUUGCCGGUGCCGAUGCGACUUCGGGUCGUGGAGGCAAUGCUGCAGCCUAUGGCGGCGGCAUGGUGCGGGCGCCGCCACCGAGUACUGUGGGCAGCAUUGCUCGUCCGGGGCCAGCUGCGCAUCACGGCCGCUCACCGUACGCGGGAGCAUCGAGCAGGCCGUCAGCCAGUACGCGCGGCGCGCCCGCUGCAGCGUUCGCAAGAGACGGAACCAGUAGUGCUUACGGACCGAAUGUCGUAUACGGAGGUGGCAGCGGUAGCGGCGGAAUUUCUCACAUGGGAGCGAUGGGCAUGACGAGCUUCAGCGGCGCGACAGCGUACAUGAAUCCGAAUGAAAUGGCUGCCUAUAUGCCCGAUAUGCAACAGGCUGCCGGCUUUAAUAUGUACGUUCCGCCCCAGUACUAUGGGGGCCUGCGUAAUCCCAUGAUAGGCGGCACAGAAUACAUCCCUUAUGGCAUGCCGUUUAACCCGGCAGCGAAUGCAGCUGCAUUUUACAGGCAGCAAUAUCAACAGCAGGCCAGGGCGCCCAUGAAUACCGGUGUUGCGACGAGUAGUGACCGUAGUGUUUCGCCCCUGGCAGGCAACUCGUCGAAUACAAAUGGUGAAAUCGAUGUGCAGACCGCUACCGUAGCAGCUCCGCCCUCCGGAUCGGUUCGCUCCAAUGCACACGCAUCAAGCGUGGCUACGCGCGCUGCAGGCUCGACGACUUCGUCGCCCUCUAGCAGUGGCGAGGUAGCACCAGACGCCAUGGGUAUACUGCCAAAUCUGGGUAUUACUGGAGAAGGAACUGUAUUAAUGCGGGCUGGUGGUGAGCGAAAUGUCACCGGGUUUCAAGGCUUUGCGAGCAGCGCGGCUCCGAUGAACCGUGAAGUAGAUCGCCCACUAGUGCCUCCGAUCCCGCCAAGGCGAGAGAAAAAGAUACUCAAAAUUGUUGAUCCGGAGACAGGCAAGGAGAUCAACUUGGGCUCUGUCCAAGAGGAGCUGGCGACCGCUACGGGGCACGGGCAGCCUGCGAAGGCCCCAGAUGCCAAAGCUCCAGCAGCUGAAACGUCUGAGGAAGAGCGCGCUCCACAGGUCCCAGCAAACUCAGCAGCUGAGGAGACUCGAGGCCCCGAGGUGAGCCAGAUCGAAGUGGAAGACGGGCUCGCCCGUGGACCAGACGCUGCGAGCUCAGGAAUACGGAAACAACCCGUUGAGCACGGCCUUCCAGCGACGCCGUUGCCUGAAAGUGAGUCGCUUGAUCGCCCGAAUGAAAAGGAAUCUCUGGGGGCAACGCGACCGGAGCUUGAGGAAUUCAGGUCCGCUGCGGUGCGCGCUCAAUUCGAUUCGGCAAAUUUCGCAGUGCAUUCAGAGACGCGCGAUCGCUUCGAUGUUCGCGUAGAGCAUGAUUCAGCAUCCACUGCAGGUCUUUUGCAGCCCGAGAAUACGAGUACGGGCAUGGUGUCCGACGCUGGCGAUGUCAAAAGCGUAGUAAGUGCUGAAUCUGCGAAAGUCGAUGUAAGCACUCAGAACGGCUACUUUGAGUCACCGUAUCGCGAAGUAUCGCCUGCGAUAGCGGUGCAAGAUACAUUGGAGCCAUCGUCGACUCGUGUUGCGGAGACAGAGCUUGUUGCCAUGACCAAGGCGCUGGCAGAUGUACGAAUAGAGACGCAAGAGGAUCGCACUGAGGCCAGUGAACAGCAAAAAGCGCCGAGCACCGCAGAGCCGUCGGCGAUGGAUACGGUGCACGCAGAGGCGCGCACUGCGGCAACAGCGCAGCGCGACAAGCCAUCGGAACCCACUGAAGAAGCCGACAUGGACUCGUCGCCACUUGAGAUGACACCACAUGAAUCCGAUCGAGAAGACAUCCUCUCAACUGUUGAUACAGAGCCAGUUCCAGAUGACGCAUCUGAAUCAUCAUCGCUUGUGGAUGACGAGGAAACGACUCACCCGGGUGUGCUCGUGUUCGGACCCGGCGAACGUCGAAUGUACCCGCGAGAAUGGCUACUUCGCAUGCGGGAUAUAUGUGUUGAGUGCCCGCCCGAGGUUCAUCAGUGUGAGAUUCGUGCUGGUGCGAGUUUCGAAAGCGUACAACAACGCCGAUCUGGCGGUGGCGGUGGUGGUGGUGGUGGUGGCGGUCGCGCGCGUCACGGCACCGGCGGCACUGCAUCGAGCCGUGGUGCGCCCGGUGCUGGCAAAGGCGACGGCAUGGACUUGGCGAAUGCGCGGGCGCGCGCUCCACCGGUUGCAUCCACAGGUGGCGAAUCAGACCGACGUGGUCAUCGUGGCGGCGGUGGACGUGGUAAUCGCCGCGGCGCCAACGCUGCCGUCAUCGAGGAGGCGUUGGCGCUGCUGCCGCGAGCCGAGAAUGCCUGGCGGCCCCGCAAGGUACCCGAAUCGGAAGUGGAGCGCAAAGUGCGGACGGUUCGCUCCAUUCUGAACAAACUGACAUUGGAGAAGUUUGAACCUUUGUAUCAACAACUCCUGAGUAUCAACAUCGACAGCCUUGAGGUUUUACGUGGAGUUGUGAAGGAAAUUUUCGAAAAAGCGUUGCUAGAACCAAAUUUCGGAGCCAUGUAUGCGGAGCUUUGCGCACGCCUAGCAGUCGACUUGGAGAAAGUAAUCGAGGGGAACGAAGCGUUCAUCGAAGACGGGAAGUUGCAGACCUUCAAACGGAUUCUUUUGCGAUACUGUCAGCGCGAGUUUGAGGGCAACUCAUCGCCGGUCAUCCCGGAGGGUGCAUCACCCGAGGAAGCGCAGGAGAUCGCAACCAAAGCCAAACUACGCAUGUUGGGCAACAUGGUGUUCAUCGGGCAUCUUUAUCGGAACAAGCUUCUUUCCGAUAAGGUUAUUCAUGCGUCGUGUUUCGCAACGCUGCUGAAAUUGAGUAACCAGCCUCAACCGGACGAGGAUGCCAUCGAGUGCAUGUGCAAGCUAAUGACCACUGUGGGAGAGAAGCUCGACAACAGCAAUCCCAAGUCGCGCGAGCUGAUGCGCGAGUACUUUGCGAAAUUCGUUGAAAUGAGCCAGCGGCCGGACUUGCCAGCGCGAUUCCGUUUCAUGCUUCAGGACCUGAUCGACUUGCGAAAUAACCGAUGGGUCCAGCGGCGAUCAGAUGGCGGGGCGCGCACCAUUCGAGAAAUUCACGAGCAGGUGCGUCGCGAACAGCUCCAACAGCAACAGUUGAAGCGCCGACCAAGCGGGUUGCUUUUGAGCGGCCCGUCGGGACGCCGCAUACCCGGCAGCGCCGGCAACGGCCCUGGAUCCACUUCGCUUGGCGGCGGUGGCGCUUCGGCGCAUGCACAGACACCGAGUCCUCGCAUGAUGACGCCCGUCAUGUCGAAUGACGCGCGUCGGGAGCGCUCGAGCUCAGCGCUGCAGCCUGGUUGGGAACGCGUUCAACGAGCAGUUCCAGAGACAAAGGAAGCUGCUCGCGCGCUUGAUCUGGGCACGGUGCGGCUGCGGCCUCAUGGUGGUCGACGGUCGCCAGCGCCGAGUGCCGCAUCGACACCAUCGCUGGGAACUCCGCGCAACUCGUUUGCAGCAUUGCAGGACGAGCAGAUGCCGCUCUCUCCGGAGCCAACCAGUGGAACAGACGAGGUCGAUUCAGAGCAGCCAGCUGCUGGAAUUGCGGAGCGUUCUGAGCGGUCAAGCGCUCAUCCUUCUGCGACGCAAGCCGAUGAGAUGGAGAAGAUACCCGAAUGGGAACCCAACCGAGUCGAGCGGCGGGCCAAGACCAUUUACGACGAAUGGAUGGCAUUGCGCGACGUGAAAGAGGCGCGUCUUGCGCUGGCUGAAGUGCCGCCUCGCUCGAGAGCAGCGCUCGUAGCGAACAUCGUCCAGCGUUCGUUAGAUCUCUCUGGCGAACAACGCGAGCACCUGCUACGGCUCUUCACCGAGACGGUGCAUGCGCGACUCGUUCCCCUGGAUGACAUCGCCACAGCGGAACCUGUCGCGAAUGACACUCGAAGCGGUGCCGAUGCAUCCGCACGAGUAGCACCAGAUCAGCAGACGCCUCUACCCGGAGAGCAUUCCAACUCGUCACUGGUGCGACCACUGGAACCCAUGCACCUUCGGAGGGCGACGACGCUGAUCUUGGCAGAUCUAGAGGAUUUGGUCAUUGAUCACCCGCGAGCGCUCUCGUUUUUGGCACACUGGCUUGCCCACUGUCUCGUGCAGACAACGGUUGCUGCCGAUACUCAAGAGCAGCGUGCCCAGCCGCAGGGCGCGGGCGUGAGUCUCUGGGGCCGCCCCGUCACCGCCCGUGAUGCCGCUGCAGCGCUACGCGAGCUUCUGCUUCCAGUUGUUGACUCGUGGCUGGCAAACGGCUCCGACUUGGCGUUACCGCUGGUUGCACACACUGCCGAUGCCCUGCGGACACGCUCACCACUCUUCACCGACGACCAGCUCGCGGCGUUUUUGAGGGCGCUUGCGCUCCCCUGGGCCGCAUGGGCUACUGCUGCUACUGGUGCUUCUGGUGCAUCAGCGACCGAUCAGGAUGUAUCUCGCCAUAUUCGCGCGGAGUUUGCUCGCGUCGGACUCGAAACCGUAUGGUCCAAUGUCGCCUCUGCUGCUGCUGCGGACUGA